AUGGCCAAGUACAGCAGCAAACCAGCCGCGCAUGUAGUGGAGAAUCAGUCCCCGCCUCCCCUCCAGCCCCAGCCUCAGCCCCAGUCCCUCCCUCCUCUCCGCUUCGCUCCCAGCUUCGACACCCGCCAGCCUGGGGACAUCAUCCUCCAAGCUAGCGAUGCGGCCGCGGUAGCCUGCUACUUUCGCCUUUCCCUCCUCGCCAACAUCUCCACCUUCUUCGCCGAGCUCCCCCCUCCCGGACCCAGCGACCUCUAUGAUGGGAUCGCCAUUCUCCGGCUCCACUCGACCUCGAGCAUGGGACUCUUGCUUUUCCUCUCCCUCGUAAGGUCCACUACUACCCUCGAGGCCUACGCCUUUGACGAUCCCCACGCUCCCCCCGCCAUCGGCAUCCAGUCUAUCCUGGACGCGGCUGGGCUCGCCAGGAACUACGCCGCGCCGCUCGUCUUCAGGCUGCUCGUCUCGGGUCUGGACGGCCUCAGGGAGACGGAGCCCGCGCUGGAGUUUGCAAUCUGGACGAUUGGCGGGUCUGAGAAGCAUACCAAGGAGGCCGCGGAAAGGACGAUCAAGAUCAAGUAUGAUCUGACCAAGGUCGACCCCGACAUCGUCAAGGCAGUCAAGGCGUACGCGCCGGCGAGCUGGAUGCAGAUGCAGGAUCUCCACCUCCGCGGGGCGAACGCGAUGAGGAGGUGGUGGGAUUGGGCGCCGGAAGAGGCGCCUACCGAGGUCGGGGACACUGCGUGCCCCACCUGCGCUCCAGAAGAGAGGGACCGCAUCUCUAAAGGCCUGGUCGAGCUCUUUGCAGAGUGCGACUCGGUUGAAGCGGUGAUGGCGGUAUACGGAGGGGAUCUGGGGUCUGACUGCAAAUCUUGCGAAACAGCCAGGACCAGGGCGUACUAUCCUCGGGUGCAGUGGCUCUGCGACUUUGCCACAAAGUAUGACUUGAAGGGCGACGAGCUCGGUAAUUAUGUUGCGGAUAGCUGGGUGAUAUGGGACAAUGGGAUGAACGACUCGUAG